AUGCAACGACUUUUUGGCCUAUCGCAGAAUAAGGCACCAAAACCAGAUUUACAGCAGGCUAUCACAUCCACAGAUGCUCGUGCAGAUGCAACUCAGGUAAAGAUCAGUCGUCUUGAUGCCGAAUUAGGACGCUAUCGAGACCAAAUGAAAAAAAUGCGUGAAGGCCCUGGGAAAUCCGCUAUACAGCAGAGAGCUAUUCGAGUCUUACGGCAAAAGCGCAUGUAUGAAGCACAAAUGGAGCAGCUGGUGCAACAAAGCUUUAACAUGGAACAAAGUGUGAUGGUAACAGAGAAUCUGCGGAACACCAUGGCCACUGUUGAUGCGAUGCAGCAGGCGAAUAAGAACCUGAAAAAGACCUAUCGGAAUAUCAAUGUUGACAAAAUUGAGCAGAUCCAGGAUGAAAUGGAGGAUUUGAUGGAGCAAUCGGGUGCACUGCAAGAAACACUUGCUCGUAGUUAUGCGACGCCCGACGACAUUGAUGAGACUGAGCUGGAAGCGGAACUUGAGGCAUUAGAGGAACAGCCUCUGGAGCAUGAUAUGGAGGUUCCUUCCUACUUGCAGCACACGACAGGUGCAUUGCUAGCACAACCUGACUUUAUAGAUGAGCUGCCACCAUCGCAAGAAGCAGAGGUACGUGCUGAUGCCCUUUUUUCCUCCUUCUAG